CUCUAGCUCCUGCCUUCAGAACUCGGUUCUUCCAAAUGCAGGAGGACCGGGUUGGUUACCGUCAGCUCAGCUGAGCUCAGUGACUCCUGAGCCUCAGCCCCUCCAUGGCCCAGAAGGAAGAGGCCCCUGAGGCCACUGCAGCCACCUCCCAGAAUGGGGAGGAUCUGGAAAACCUGGAGGACCCAGAGAAGCUGAAGGAGCUGAUUGAGCUGCCACCUUUUGAGAUCGUCACAGGGGAGAGGCUGCCUGUCAACUUCUUUAAGUUCCAGUUCCGGAAUGUGGAGUAUAGUUCUGGGCGGAACAAGACCUUCCUCUGCUACGUGGUUGAAGCGCAGGGCAAGGGAGGCCAAGUCCAGGCAACCCGGGGAUACCUAGAAGAUGAGCAUGCAGCUGCACAUGCCGAGGAAGCCUUCUUCAACACCGUCCUGCCAGCCUUCGACCCAGCCCUACAGUACAACGUCACCUGGUACGUGUCCUCCAGUCCCUGUGCAGCUUGCGCUGACCACAUUGUCAAAACCCUUAGCAAGACCAAGAACCUGCGCCUGCUCAUUCUGGUGGGGCGACUCUUUAUGUGGGAGGAGCCAGAGAUCCAGACCGCCCUGAAGAAGCUAAAGGAGGCUGGCUGCAAACUGCGCAUCAUGAAGCCCCAGGACUUCGAGUACAUCUGGCAGAAUUUUGUGGAGCAAGAAGAGGGUGAAUCCAAGGCCUUUGAGCCCUGGGAGGACAUUCAGGAAAACUUCCAGUAUUAUGAGGAGAAGUUGGCAGACAUCCUGAAGUAAGCGACAGGACUCAGCCUCACGUCUGCCUGCUGCCACCAAGAAACAGCAGUGACAUGAACGGCCAUUUGGGACAUGCCUGUCUUCCUAAUACCACUUGGAGCCAGACAACAUGAGACACCAGCCAAUCCUACCGGAUAAGGCCCUCAAGAGGACUCAAAAUACACUUCUCAUGCUAUAAUUCAUUUAGGCUGUGCCUCUAUCUAUAAGGCUGCACUUGUGAAAGAGGAAAGUGAGCUGCAAGAAGAGAAAUGCAACCAUACGUAGGCAGCAGGCAUCCAUGGGGCUGAAGGUUCUAAUUACUCUUGGCUUAAGGCCAAGAUCCUCAGAACCAACGUGCAGAUCUUUUAAUACCUCCAGAAAUGGACUUUAUUUUAUUAAGAAUGAAAAACAGCAACAUUAAUAAAAGAACUAAAAUGUUGUAGUUUGUCUUUGGCCAGGUUUUUAAAGGAAUUUGGACAUUUGGAAGUGGCCAUAGACAGUGAGCAAAUUCAAGG